CGGGAUGGCGGCGUCAAGUGGGGCUGGCGCUGGAGGUGGCGGCGGAGAGGCCGGUGGUAGGGGCGAGCCCGGCGGAGCGGAGGUCCGGGACGCUGGAGCCCGGCGCGUGGGCAAGACGGUCAUCCCGGAAGGCCAAGCCCAGUUUUCAUCCUUCCGUAAGCUGUCACCAUGACCCUGACAAAAGGUUCCUUCACCUACUCCAGCGGGGAGGAAUAUCGUGGCGAGUGGAAGGAGGGCCGCAGACAUGGUUUUGGUCAACUGAUGUUUGCAGAUGGUGGCACCUACCUGGGCCAUUUUGAGAACGGGCUCUUUAAUGGCUUCGGGGUACUGACCUUCUCAGAUGGCUCAAGGUAUGAGGGGGAGUUUGCCCAGGGCAAGUUCAACGGCGUGGGAGUCUUCAUUCGACAUGACAACAUGACCUUUGAGGGGGAAUUUAAAAAUGGCAGAGUGGAUGGUUUGGGCCUGCUGACUUUCCCUGAUGGUUCUCACGGAAUACCCCGAAAUGAAGGUCUGUUUGAGAACAACAAGCUUUUACGGCGCGAGAAGUGCUCCGCGGUGGUCCAGCGGGCCCAGAGCGCCUCCAAGUCCGCCAGGAGCCUCACCGCCUGACGGGGCACCGCACACCAGCUGACGAGUACCAGACGUGGGACAGGAUACCUUUAGUCAAGAAAGAAACCGACGUAAACAGUCAUCUUACAACUUGUACUUAUUACUUACUCCAGAGCAAAGGGCAGAUGCCUCUGGGCCACAUCAGGCCCUGUCAUGAACUGAAUCCUUAGGGAUGGCUUUGGCUGACACAGCUCCUUCCCAGUGUACCAGUGGGUCAGACCCACCUCAAUCCCUUGGGGUUCGGGUAGCACCAGGCCCAUCUUGGGAUGGCAGUGAACUAAAAGGGCAUUUGGUUCACUGUAACUCUUCCACCGUGAGCCUUGGUCAUCAGGCUGGGGGAUCAGAUCUUAAUUGAUGGGAUCCCUGCACAGUUCAUCACAGAGGCCUCCAGUUACCCUGUGACCCAAACAUGCCCCGCCCCACCCCUGGCCCUGCAUCCUCACACUGCUUAUGGUGGAACUUAGAGCCAUGUGCCUAUUUAUUCUCUGAAUUGUACUGUAGAGACCAGUGUUUAUGAGGAAUAAACAAGUCACCAGAACUGCCUA